UCUUCUUCUUCUCAUCCCUCUUUUUCUCGCCGAGCUCAUCCAUCACCUUGAACAAAACAACGAAACUCCUCUCUCUCUCUCUCUCUCUCUAUCUCUCUCUCUCUCUCUCGUACACACAGAUCUCAAUCGGCGGUGUUUUUGUUUAUCCGGCGUCCGUUCUGGGAGUACUGUGCUUGAUUCAGAAGUUGAAGAAAACGUUGCAAUCGAGCCCUGUUUCUUUUUCUGAUUCAGAAGUUGAAGAAAACGUUGCAAUCAAGCUCUGUUUCGUGGAUUUUCGGUCGACAAGUUCGACUCAAGAUCUCUGUUUCUCUAUUAAUCAGAUCCUUUAGUGCAUCUUUUUUUUUUUGGGUUUUUGAUGAAGAGUUUGGGUUGAAGGUUUGAAGGAUUUGGACUAGAACGAUAACGGAGUGUUUCGAUUUGUUCGAAUCGUUUUUGUUUUUAUCUAUUUUUUGUUAGGGUUUUCGUGAGAUCCCCGCGAGGCUUUCCGGAGAUUGAGAAAUGCCUCACCGCACGACUUACUUCUUUCCUCGGCAGUUCCCGGAUCGUGGGUUCGAUCCGCUGUCGCAUAAGAAUCUAUUGGGUAUUGAUCAGGAGAAGAAAGCUAGCAGAAGUAACACCAAUGAUGGCUUCAAUGGCGUCAAUGGAGGCGGAAGCGAUGAUUUUAAGCAGAAGGGGAAAGAGAAGGACUUGUCGUCUUCUCAUUUCUCGAAGAGCUCCGCCGUGUCGGAUCCCUUCAGCGAGGAUCUGAAGGGACAGAAGAAGCAGCAGGAGCAACUCGCGGCUUUUUACCGUUGGUUGGCCGAGAAGAAGGCCGAGAUUUCCGAGCGCGUGAGAUCGACGCGCCGCCUAUCGACGUCCAGCGACGUCAUCGACGAGGAGAGGGAGCUUCUUCAGCAUCUUCUUCGGGGACAUUUCCUGAAUAAAAAACAAGAUAGUUGCGGUUGUUGUCAUCGUUGUGAUUCUUCGUCUCGGACAGUUGCCAUCAGCGAGAGGAACCUCGACCGGAGCUUUGACCGGCAGGUGUCUCUGCCGCGGCUUUCGAGUGAGAGCAGCUUCGCCGGAAGCUUCUUCUCCGGGACGACGAUCGACGGCAAUUUCUCGAACCAGACAGACGCGAAGGAGACUUCGACCACAACGCGGGUCUCCGUAACGAAGGAGGAGGUGGAAGAAGAGAUGGCGAAUGACGGCCAAGAGAAAAGCAUGGCGAAGAAGUCGAAAGAAAGUUAUUACUUGCAAAUCACGCUUGCUAAGAGGCUCACAUCUCAAGCAAGCCUAGGAGGUGAGACCAUUCUUGUACACAGCCCCAUUGGCGAUACCUUCGUUGACGCUGAAACUCUCUCCUACCGCCUCUGGGUCAGUGGUUGCUUGUCAUACAGCGACAAGAUAUCAGAUGGGUUCUACAAUAUCUUGGGGAUGAAUCCGUACCUGUGGCUGAUGUGUAACAACGUAGAGGAAGGGACACGACUUCCAUCUCCUAUGUUACUGAAGGAGAUCGAACCGAGCGAGACAUCAAUGGAAGUGGUUUUGAUAGACAGACGUGAGGACUCACGCCUUAAAGAGCUGGAGGACAAGGCUCAUGAAUUGUGUUGUGCUUCAGAGAAUAGAUUGGUGCUGGUGGAGAAACUGGGCAAACUUGUUGCCGUAUACAUGGGGGGACACUUCCAAGUGGAGCAAGGUGAUCUUCAAAGACGAUGGAGACUGGUUAGUAAGAGACUCAAGGAAUUUCGGAGGUGUAUUGUUCUUCCUAUAGGCAGUUUAUCUAUAGGUCUCUGCCGGCACCGAGCCAUACUGUUUAAGAAAUUGGCAGAUUACAUAGGUUUGCCAUGUCGAAUAGCUCGAGGUUGCAGGUAUUGUGAAGAGGAGCAUCGUUCUUCUUGCCUUGUCAAGAUCGAGGAUGACAGGAAGCUGUCAAGGGAAUAUGUAGUUGACCUAGUUGGGGAACCAGGAAAUGUUCAUGUCCCGGAUUCCUCCAUCAAUGGUGUGUUACAGUGUCAGAUUCCUUCACCACUUCGGAUUAGCCAUCUUGAAGAAUUCUCCGCGCGUUGCGUGGACAACACAUUCCCUUGUCAGACUGUUGGGUCAAAGACAUCAUGUGCUCUUUCUGAAAACAUUCAACACUCAGUUAAUGGAGGGAACUGCCAAGGACACAAAGAAUUUGAGUUGCUUGAUAUUACAAGGACAAUAUCUUGUGCUCAACUUGAUAAAAAAUUCUCUACAAAAGCAUCACCCAUUGUUUCAACUGAAUCUGCCAUUCGAGCUUUGCCACCUGAAAUAGCAAAAGUUAACAAGGACAUGAUUGCUCAAGAAACCUCCAAGGAAGAGACAUUGCAAUUGGAAAGCCCAAUUGAGAACAGUGUUAUCAAGCAGCCAAAGGGGGACUCAUCAGUUGAACCAGAGACGCCCAAACUUGAGAGUCUACAAAGAUUUCCUGCUGAUAACAUUUCACCAUACUUGAAUAUUGAGCCUUGUUUAGCAUCGGAUUGGCUGGAGAUCGCAUGGGAUGAACUACAUAUCAAGGAGCGUGUUGGUGCUGGAUCAUUUGGAACUGUUCAUCGUGCUGAAUGGCAUGGCUCGGAUGUUGCUGUCAAGGUUUUGUCUGUCCAAGAUUUCCAAGAUGACCAAUUCAGGGAGUUUCUCAGAGAGGUUGCAAUAAUGAAACGUGUUCGUCAUCCAAAUGUUGUUCUCUUCAUGGGAGCUGUAACAGAGCGACCCCGCCUUUCAAUCGUUACAGAAUAUUUGCCAAGGGGCAGUUUGUUCCGUCUCAUUCACAGGCCGGCUUCUGGGGAAUUGCUUGAUCAAAGGAGGAGACUACGAAUGGCGUUGGAUGUGGCCAAGGGGAUAAACUACCUUCAUUGUCUUAACCCGCCAGUGGUCCAUUGGGACCUGAAAUCUCCAAAUUUGUUGGUCGAUAGGAACUGGACAGUGAAGGUUUGCGAUUUUGGACUGUCCAGAUUCAAGGCAAACACUUUUAUACCAUCUAAAUCCGUUGCAGGAACGCCUGAAUGGAUGGCUCCAGAAUUUCUUCGUGGUGAGCCCUCGAAUGAAAAAUCCGAUGUUUACAGUUUCGGAGUGAUCCUCUGGGAAUUGGUCACUUUGCAACAACCCUGGAGUGGACUCAGCCCUGCCCAGGUGGUUGGAGCGGUUGCCUUUCAGAACAGAAGGCUUGCCAUUCCACAAAACACAUCCCCGGUUUUGGCUUCUCUGAUGGAAGCUUGUUGGGCCGAUGAACCUGCACAAAGGCCGUCUUUCGCGAGCAUAGUGGAGACUCUGAAGAAGCUGUUGAAGUCUCCGGUUCAGCUCAUCCAAAUGGGUGCAUGAUGAUGAUGAUGAAGAGGGCCUUGAAAGGAAAAAAAAAAGACGCAACGUAGACGUUUGGUGAAUUACGUUAUCCUCUCUUUUAGUGUGAUAUUAUGAUAUACUAACAGAGAGAACUCCCUGGAAAACAUCAACUGGGAGAAGGAAAGAUUAAGCCCCCAUCCCAUGGGUUUUUUUUUUGGUGUAUACGUUUCAUAUAUACAUAUAUAUAUACACAUGUAAUAUGCAAGUGCAAGAGUGACAGAGUGUUGUGUUGCUCUUGUUUGAAGCUUAUUGUUAUGGAUAAUUAUUACAAUGUAUGAUGAAAAUGAGAGACUGAUUCAAGAGAAA